AUGCUACCUCGACUGCUUUCACAUCGCUGGGCAGCUGGAAGCACCAUCGCAGUCGCAGGAACCGCUAUGGCGGGCGUGGGUCUCACCCCCACGAUGUUCAUGCCAGAAGCCGAGAGAAGCAGCUCCUGUCACCAUCCUGGACUGUGCGCCGUGAUCACAGCAGAGCAUGUUCGGGCGCUCGAGUCCCAGGCUUUCGUGGUCAUUGAAGGCGCCGUGCAGCAAGUCUUGGGGGCUGCUGCUCUCGAAGAAGCUCGCCAUCGGGCGGCCAAGAGCUUGGCCGCAGGCCACUUCCUGGCAUCCAGCAAUCGUGGCCAGAAGGUCCGAGAUGACGUGGUGCUUUGGAUCUCCAGUGCUGAUGAGACCACAACAGGAGGCCUGGCGCAGUGUGUAGAGCUUCUGCGUGGCGUGGCAUCUGCCGUGGAACAGCAUGGCUACAGGGGCUCGAGGUCGCAUGGCGUUCCCCUUCUUCUACAGCUUAGCUGCUUCAGAGGAAGAUCUGCGGCUCGCGGCUAUGCAAGACACCUGGAUUGCAAUUUUCAGUCGAUGGCUGAACUGGGCGUAUUGGGCUGGCUGCGUGCAAGCGGGAGCCGUUCCCGAGUGCUCACGGCCAUGGUGUAUCUGAACGAUCCCCACUGGACAGGCGCAGAAGGCGGCGAACUUCGUGUCUACCAUGGCAUGCAGUGGUUCGAUGCGGAAGACAAUGCAGGCCACUGGCGAGAUUACACGGACAUCUUGCCAAAGGGUGGGACUCUGGUGAUCUUCGACUCGUAUAUCAAGUACGAUGGGCCGCGGCCAGAUGAGGAAUUCCUCCAGGCCGUCCGGGUCGAAAUGGAGGAGGGUGCCCAAUCCAUGAGGCGUGCGCAGGAGUCGGUGCCGUCGGUGUAUGGCCUGCAGCUGGCGGGCAAGGGACGCCGGCUGCAGAAAGAAGAGCCAGUUGCAUUGGAACGUCUCGUGGCAGUGGAUGUGAACCAACGAAGUAUCGAUGGCUACACUUCGCUGCACGUGGCGACUGCAGCAGGCAACGCCGAGAUGGUGGCUUUGUUGCUCGAGUCUCGAGCAGAUGUCUCACUCUCCACGGUCUACCGCUCGGAGCUGCCUCUCCAUUUCGCUGCUCAGGGGGGCUAUGACAUUGUCUUGCGCCUUCUCGCGGAGCCCACGAAAGCACGAGGCCUUCUGGAUGUUGGCAACGUCACUGGCUGGAACGCUCUGCACCUCGCAGUGGCGGCACAGCACCACGGCGAGCUUGGCCAGCUGAUCCGAUUGCGGAUGAUCGCAUGGAUAUGGCACUGGCUUCAUCUCCUACUGCUGCUGCCUGCGGCCAUCUGUGAGCCGUUGCAUGGACCGUGUGAGAUGCAGCCGCUUCCCAGGUCUCUCAGUGAGGGACAUUGUGCACCUGCGGCUCUGCCCAGCCUGGGACGUUACCUCAUGCAAGUCAAGAGCACGGCGACCUCAGCCUCGUCCGUCAUCCGUGACACGAAGAAUCUGCUCGCCAACUCGGCCACUGCCAAGCCACUGAAUUGGCGGGGAAUCCGCAAGUUUCCGGCAAUGCCUGUGCGCCACCCCAGCCGCUGCAGUGAGAUCGGUCGACAUUUUCCAGAGUUGGUGUCCAGAAGCCAGGACGUGUUGAACACGUACGAAACUUAUGCAUGCCAAACGGCCGCACACACUUUCAUUGUGGAUCCUUCUGUGGCUUUGACUGCUGAGCUGGCAGAGCUGAGAGCUGGAUGCAUCAACGCGUAUCCGUGGCCACAGCUGCGGCUUGCGGUGAAUACGACACACGCGGAGUCCCUGUACAGGCGAUGCGACAGUGCUUGCCGAGCAGUUGAAGAUUGGAGUCAGCUCGGAGUGGUCGAAGUGGACUCGGAUCUGCUUGUGAUUCCCAGCCUGCGCUUUCCUGCAGGGAUGGCUUACCAGCACACUCUGCUGGACUUCGUGCCGCAAGCAUGGACAGCUUUGGACACCGUCAGGAACUCUUCCAAGAAGAUUUUGACCCACCACAAAGUCCAAACAGAGUUCCUGCAACUCCUUGGAGUCGACAAAGCCAACAUCUUCGAACUCCCCUUCCCUGGUGAAAACAGAUCUGACGAGCUUCUUGUUUGUGUGGCUCCGAGCCGCACUAUGCACCUUUGGCGGGUCUCUGACGAUGGGCAUCCUCUACCGACCUUCGCCUUUGGAGACAGCAGACCUGAUGCAGACCUUUGGCACCGAAUGAUCAACUGGCAGGUCGGGCCUGAGAUGGCUCAAGCGAUUGCAGAGCGGGCUGGCAUGGAGGACCUUGCAGCAUUGCCGGCCCGGGUCAUUUUCUUGCAGCGCUGCAAUGCCCGUCGUCCAAUCAUCAACGAACAGAUGGCUUUGGCGACGGCAAGCCGAGUAUUGCUGGAAUCGAAUCGCACAGAAGAGCUGGUGUCAAUCUGUCCAGGCCGCAUGGAUGCCGUGGAUCAAAUCCGAGAGGUUCGAACAGCGCGCCUUGUUCUGGCAGAGCAUGGGGGAGCACUGGCCAAUGCAAUGUUCGUCAAGUCGGAUGCAGGCGUCAUUGAAUUCGUCGGAAGCUCACAAGCCCAUGCCGGACAGCCAGGAUACUGGCCGCCCUACAAGAGCUUCUGGUACGGCGGGUCUGCGGCGAGCAUGAAGUUCUACAGGGCUGUGCAGUACGAGCCAGAUUCUGCUGGGGCUUGGAACAUUCGGCUGGAUGACCUUGAGGAAGCUCUUCACCAGUGGAUCGCACAGGAACGUGGACAGCCGCCGCCUCCUAUGCGGUCCAGCCAUUGA